AUGAUUACCCGCAGUGGACGAAAGGUCCCAUAUAUCCCCCAAAUACCGAAGAGAGCUCCUGCAAAGAGACGUCUUCAAGCAGAGGGAACCAUCGAAGACGUCACGGUUUCUGCGACUGGCAAGGGAACUCAUACCCGUUGGCUACGACUCAACCCAGAAACCCCUCCCCCCAGGCGUCGAAAGGCUGUCAAGACGCCAGCAGUUGCAGACAGUCGCUUCGUGACCCCAGAGCCCUUCAUCCCAACCGAAGUGCCACCUCCGCCCAAACGACAGCGUCUCAUGGCUUCCCCAUUGCACAGGACUGAAAGGAUUGGGCCCCCUGGAAUCUUCAAUCUCGCUAGGACUCGAACUCCACGUUUCUUCGAGGGCGUUGAAGGCGAAAAUGGCGACGUUUUCAUUGCUUCCAGCCCUGAUGGGCACCAACAACGCCGUGCUCGUGUCGAACUGGGGCUGGGGCCUCGGGUUCAAGGCCAACCUAUGGUAGGCCCUGACGGGACGCUCAUCCUCGACGAGCAGAGCCAGCCAAUGCUGCCCUCACCCAGUCGUUUGCCUGGCCCCACAGUGUCAGGCGAUACGCUUAUCGUGUCGGUGUCUGAGCGUUCUGCUCGGUGA